CAUGAUCAUACCGCUGUCACUAGUGCCAGUUGCCUGUAAAGGGCUCCGCAUCAUCCCAUCAUGGUAAUUUAUCCACCACGCAGAUUUUUAGUGGUGCAGAUCAACAAUGUUAGAAAAGCCGAUAACAGGUCGUACAUAGUGACCACAUUUCUUGCUGUGAAAGACCAUGGUCCUCGCAGUAACCAACUAAAAUCAAAUUAGAUCAUUGCUAGAAAGAUAUAUAUCCUUCAACGAUGUAUCUGCGCCAGGUUCUGCUGAAUGGACUGCUGACCAGCAGUCUGCCCGGCGUGCUGAGCCAUGCUGUCGGCAAGAUUCGCACCGUCGUCACUACGGACAUGGAGUCUGAUGAUCUGGCCUCGUUGGUGCGAUACAUAUUGUAUGCCAACGAUCUCGAGAACCAGGGUCUUAUCUACACGUCUAGUAAAUUCCACUGGGAGGGCGAUGGCGAAAACACACCCUUCUUCCUCCCGGAUCGCGAGUACAACACCUCGCAGACAUCCUGGCGCCCCACCGGUACGACCACAAUCGAGGACUAUUUGCUAAAGGCAUACGCGGAGGUGUACCCAAAUCUGCGUGUCCACGAUCCGACGUAUCCGACACCAGAGCAUCUCCUUUCGAUCACGGCGAUUGGCAACGUCGACUUUGAUGGCGAAAUGGCCAAGAACACAGCCGGCUCGGAUCUCAUCAAGAGUCUCAUCCUGGACAAGGAUCCACGCACCCUGUACCUGCAGGCCUGGGGCGGCACCAACACGAUCGCGCGCGCGCUGAAGUCGCUGGAAGAUACACACUCGGCCUCGUUGCAGUGGAACACCACAAAGGCUGCCAUCUCGCGUAAAGUCGUCAUCCUCGCUAGUGGCUUUCAGGACAACACGUACAUGGAGUAUAUUGCCCCACGCUGGCCCGUGCUGCGCGUCGAAGAGCUGUCCGCCGCGUACGACACCUGGGGGUUCAACUGCAACCGCGGCAGCGGCAAUGUUCGCGGGCUUCCCGAUAACAACAUUUUCUACCAGGGUUCCUGGAUCAAGCCCAAUAUUCAAACCGGACCGCUGGGGUCACUGUACCGCUCGUGGCUUGACGGACAAAGCACUAUUGGCGGCGGCGACCAGCUCGACGUCUUUGGCGACCCAGAAAAGGCGCCAGAGGGUUGGUGCAAGCCAAUGUCCAAAUACGACUUCCUUUCUGAGGGCGACAACGUGGUGUUCAACCCUCUCCUUUCCACGGGCUUACAGGCUCCGAGCGACGCGAACCUUGGCAGCUGGGGCGGGCGACGGAAACAGAAUAGCACAGUACCAAACCUGUGGGUGCUGAUCGACAAGGAGACUGGGAGAAACGGAAGCCUGACCAAAGGUUGGACCACAGAUCGCUGGGUAGAGGCGGCGCAAAACGACUUCGCGGCGCGUAUACAGUGGACACUGGCGCCAGCGUACAAGGAUGGAAAUCACGCGCCUACCAUUAAGAUCGUGGGAAAGAAGAUGAUGAAUGCGCGUGCGGGGUCGGAUGUUAAGCUGUCUGCGAGAGUCAGCGAUCCGGAUGGCGACCGGGUAGCUGUGUCAUGGUGGCAGUACCGCGAGGAGGGUACAUAUCCAGGAAUCGUGAGUGUCAUAGGAUGCAACAGUGGUGCGAUCGUUAAAGUGCCGCGGGAUGCGGAAAAGGGGCAAACGAUAUCGAUUAUCGCGCAGGCAACGGACGAUGACAAGUUCCCGUUGACAAGGUAUGCUCGUGUCUCUGUUGUGGUGGUAUAG